GGCAGCCUACAUCUGCUGGACUGAUCAGGACCUUGCUGUGUUACAACCCCACAUCUAGCCAGGAAUCUGCAUUCCCCAGCCUUGCAGGUUCCUGGACAAGGAGACUUCCACCAGAACCUUCCUCCGGCUGCCAGCACUUGGCCCACAUCCCUCCUCCUGCAAACCAGGCUGAACCAACAGGCAUCAACACGAAGGUGCCGUUCAGGCUGCAAGCACACGUGCACUUGAUCCAUGACCUAAUCCAGCUGUCUGGGCAAAGCCCACAGCCUGUCUUGCUGCACCUUCUCCCUGGGGAACCAAGCCUGGAGAUGGUGCGGCUGUCAGCCUCACGUCAGGAGCUCACUAAAAAGGGACACGCAGGCGCAGAGCCCCAUGGUAGCCAGGUGGGUGAAGGGGACCUGCAACUUCCUACCUGGCUUGAGGAAGACACCUUCGGACCUGCCAGCUGCUGUGAGAGUGCCCAGGGGACUCCCGCGGCACGACAAUGGAUGCCGUCCACCUAGGCAUGUCCAGCGCCUCUCUGGUGAAACACGCAGCCACGGGGACAGGAGGGCUCAAGACCAGCAGGCCCCGCGUCAUGUCCAAGAGUGGCCACAGCAACGUGCGCAUUGACAAAGUGGACGGCAUCUACCUCCUCUACCUGCAGGACCUGUGGACCACCGUGAUCGACAUGAAGUGGAGGUACAAGCUCACCCUGUUCGCCGCCACGUUCGUGAUGACCUGGUUCCUCUUUGGGGUGAUCUAUUACGCCAUCGCCUUCCUCCACGGGGACCUGGAGACCGCCAGACGCAUCUCCAACCACACCCCUUGCAUCAUGAAGGUGGACUCGCUCACAGGGGCCUUCCUCUUCUCCCUGGAGUCCCAGACGACCAUCGGCUACGGCGUCCGUUCCAUCACGGAGGAGUGCCCUCACGCCAUCUUCCUGCUGGUGGCCCAGCUGGUCAUCACCACUCUGAUUGAGAUCUUCAUCACGGGGACCUUCCUGGCCAAAAUCGCCAGGCCCAAGAAGCGGGCGGAAACCAUCAAGUUCAGCCACUGUGCUGUCAUCACCAAGCAGAACGGGAAGCUGUGCUUGGUGAUCCAGGUGGCCAACAUGCGUAAGAGUCUGCUUAUCCAGUGCCAGCUGUCCGGGAAGCUCCUCCAAACGCACGUCACCAAGGAAGGGGAGCGGAUCCUGCUGAGCCAGGCCACCGUCAAGUUCCACGUGGACUCCUCGUCUGAAAGCCCCUUCCUCAUCCUGCCCAUGACCUUCUACCACGUGCUGGACGAGACCAGCCCCCUGAGGGACCUCACCCCCCAGAACCUGAAGGAGAAGGAGUUUGAGCUUGUGGUUCUCCUCAACGCCACUGUGGAGUCCACCAGUGCCGUGUGCCAGAGUCGCACCUCCUACAUCCCGGAAGAGAUCUACUGGGGUUUCGAGUUUGUGCCCGUAGUGUCUCUGUCCAAAAACGGCAAGUACGUGGCUGACUUCAGUCAGUUUGAACAGAUCCGGAAGAGCCCUGACUGCACCUUCUACUGUGCAGAUUCUGAGAAGCAGAAGCUGGAGGAGAAGUACAGGCAGGAGGACCAGCGGGAGAGAGAACUGAGGACUCUCCUGUUACAACAGAGCAACGUCUGAAGGCUGGUGGCUGGGUUGCCCGGGCUUAGCUCUGCAAGCUGUCCAAACACCUGAGCUUAUUUCAAAUGCAAAGGUUGCGGUGGACACGUGUAAUUGCACUCCAAAAAAAAAAAAAAAGAAAAGAAAAGAAAAAUGCGCCAACGAUGGAAACCCAACCCCCCUUUUGAUCUGGUGUGUAUAUGAGCAUGUCUGCAUUCACAGGGGCUUUUGUUUUUCAAAGACUUUGUUUGAUUUGAACCCUCAAUAUUCAAAUGGAGCAAUGUGCCCAACAUCUUUUGGUUUCAGGCAUCUGAAAUAAGGUCUCAGUGGAUGGGCAGGCCUUUACAGGGCUGGUACUGAAAGACAGUGUUUCUGUGUGGGAAAUGUCCAUUACAGUGGAAGGUAUUUAUUCAAUCCAGUGUCAUAACCAGUGCUUUAAGAAAUGCUGUUCUUUUUCUUUAGAAGCUGAGAUAUGUUAUAUAUGGUGGGAUCUGUUUAUACACAAAUAUGGACAGGGAGGCUUUGCACGCACGAAAUACAGCAAUGCCGUUUACCUCUUUCUUCGGCAGAUUUAAUUCUGUGGAGUGAAACCCAUCAAAUCAGAAGCCAGCACUUGUGAAAACACAUCAAAUGGAACUAAUGCUAUUAUUCAUUUAUUUUUUUUGGACUAUUCUAGCCUCUUUCUAUAGGUGGUUCACAGUCCAUCACCACCAGCUUAAAGACCAUGAGCAUCCUGAACACUGAGGCCUCACCUGGGCUUGGAGAGUCAAUCUCUUUCUUUGCCAGACCCCCAGGCUCCAUGUACACAUGACAGCUGGGGAACUUCAUCCCUGGCUCAUGAUACCAGUCACUUUCUGAAGUCACAGGGCUCUGUGGUCCCUGUGUCCCUGCGGAUUCCAGAACUAUCUUUCUUCCUUGAGUGGGUUCCUUUGAGGCAAAAUUCCUCUUGGGCGCCUCCCCGACUAUCUGCUAAAUUACACUGUCCACAAAGUAAUCGAGACCCACAGCAACCCUCGAGAGUGAGGGCUGUCUCCAUUAUGCCUAGUACCAGCCUGGUGAUUAGAUUCAGCUCGGGGGAAAAAAAAAAGUGUGUACUAAUCGGGAAAUUUGCUUGGGUGCUGAUGUUCCUAAGGUUGGAGUGGACCAUGAGGAAGAGGAGGAGGUAAGGAAGUCAGACGCAGAUGACUUGCAGAAGCUGCACGGACGGACUGAACUUUGAUAAUCCUAUGUCCCAUAGAAUGUCCUCGGUAUUUAAAUAAAUCGUGUACAAAU